AUGGAGAUGGAACAGCCAUUUUUACCGACAGUAAACGCUACAAUAGUUCAAACAGCCGUCGAUGUGGCAAUGGCUUUCGAGCAUUUUGAACUACCAGUAGCCAUGAUGCUCCUCGGCAUCAGCCCGUACGACUUGCCGAACAGCGUUACCACUAUCCUCAAGGUGCUUCUGGACAAUUACACUAAAGAAAAGGUUCAAAGCACUAUGUCACUCACCUGGUUCAUGUUUGGUGCCGAUGCUGAGAGGCUGCUUAAAAUCGAGAGGUGGCGGGACUUGCACAUCCGUGUUGAGAAUCGGAUGACGCUGAAUAUUGAUGAUGUGCGGCGACGGGCGGAAGAAGGAGACACUCCGACGAACGCUUUCGCAGGUCUGAAACUUUAG